AAUAUUCCUUUCCAACAUGGACGUGCCACCUUGUACAUUUUUAUUCGUUAAACUGUUACAUUACCUCUUCUAACCGGUAUAACACUGCAAUUAUCUAAGAGCAGAAACAUCGCAGAAACGCAAAUACAGAUAAAUGAAAUGAUAAAAAACCACGCAUUUUCCGGACAGCUUGGAUAUCUAGUGCAUUUAUUAAUGUUUACUGAUAUUACUCGGUCAUUGCUUACAUUAAAAAUCCUCCCAUUGCACUUUUUCACGGAUUUGGCCUAAAAGUAAAUCCAAGGAAACAUCGCGUGUUACGGACGUUGGACAUGCAAAGGCAGAGAGUGUAUAAAAGCAUUCAGCUAAGCAGCAAUAUCUCAUUUGCAAUAAUGAGAUCCAUCAAGAGUUUUUUCAGUCUGGCAGUUCUUGUUUUAACAGUGGAUGUAAAGUGCCAGGACAGUGACAACAGUACUGACAGUGAUAGAACAGUGGUUGAUGAGGUUUUGGAGCAUUGUGGAGGAUUUAGCCUAAGCGUAGCGUGUGUAUCGAACCAAGUAUCGAAAAAAAUAGAACGAGCAUUAAAUAGCAACAUAUCUACAACGUUAGUUGACGGCCUAAGGUUUGUCAGGAAUGGUGAGCAGGUGAGCCUCAGACAAGCCAGAGCACUCAAUGGAUUCGAGAGACUAACGAACGCUAUGUCGGACUUCAUCACUACGCAUACGAUUACUUUUGAUUUCGGAGAAGGUAGAUUCCAAGAUGCAGGAGCCUCCGGAACAGCUAGAAGGAGGGGCGGGGGAGGAGGAGGUGGUGGUGGAGGGGGUCACGGAGGUGGUCAUGGAGGUGGUCAAGGAGUAGGCGAAGUGUCUUUCUUCAAUCACAAGGAAAUCAAGAAAGAGAAAAAGUACUACCAAUACGCAUUUUUGGUGUUACUGGGCAUUUUUGGAUUGACUGGGCCUAUAGUGAUGAAGGUUAUUGGAAUAAUGGCCGCGAAGGCUUUAAUGGCGGCUAAAGCAGCGUUGAUUAUUGUUGGAGGGGUGGCUUUGAAGAAGAUCUUCGAGAAUCGCCACGAGAAACCUCAGGUACGAGUCACAACGGUACCACUUCACCACGAAAGCGAAGAGGAUCACUAUGACUUCGAAGACGGCCACGAACACGACAGAUUUGGAUACUCAUACAACCAUAUUCCCCACGGAGACGGAUACGCUGCCAAAAUGGAGGCCAAUAAUCCUUACUCGGCAUACUACUCUGUGAAUACUAUGGAUAAUAAUUUUGCACCUAUCUAUUAUGGUACUCCCUACAAACCAAACACUUCCACAAAGACUAGGUAGAACUGAACUUAGAUGUGCGAUUUUAUUUACGUCCGGUGUCCCAGAAUAUUAUAACUCGUUUACGUUGAGGAAGAUCCUGGAUCUAGUUACUGACACACAAAUGUAAGGCCACACAAGGAUAAACUUGCCAAGUUUCUAUAAUAUUCUGGAUCACAAGGCAUGCUUAUUUAUUGUAUUUAUUUGAUAGAUAAUAAAUUAUCUAAAAAAUCA